AUGGAUUUGAAGUACAUAAAGCAAUCGUUGAGGAAGAAGAGAUCAAACCGUGGAAAAGGGACGUGGACAUUCAUUGAAAGCAUGGCGAAUGAUGAUAAGAAAAGCUUGAAGAAGGGUAAAGCUUAUAAGCAUCCAACUUAUCGUGGAGUGAGGAUGCGAAGCUGGGGGAAAUGGGUAUCUGAAAUACGUGAGCCGAGGAAGACAUCGAGGAUUUGGCUUGGAACUUUCCCUACAGCAGAAAUGGCAGCACGAGCCCACGAUGUUGCCUCCUUAGCCAUUAAAGGUCCAUCGGCUUACCUGAAUUUCCCCGACUCAGCUCAUGAGCUUCCUAGGCCUGCUACUUCUUCCCGUAGAGACAUUCAAGAAGCUGCUAAUAAAGCAGCCUACGGCAUGAUAGAUGAAGCAGAAAGCUUCCAAGUGAAGACGGAGGAACCGAGUCAAGACGUGACUCAGUCCCCAAGCUCCACCUCAAUGUCAUCGGAAACUCAAGGCUCCCCGUUUUCUGAAUCAGUGGAUAGUGAUCACAGUAUGUGGGUUGACCUGCCUGAUCUCUCCGUGGAAGCAAAUUCAAGCCAUCGAUUCGGUUGCACUUCGUGGUGGCAACAAGCUGGAAUUGACACCGAGUUCCAGUUCGAUAAGUAG